AUGUUAAAUAAAGAAAAUGUUGAAAGAGUUGCAGUCUUAAUUAGCUGUGGAGAAGAAGAACAGUUAAUUGGAGUUCCCCUAUUAGAAAAUGGUGCUGGCAGUACAAUUGCAAAAUCUGUUUAUUCAGAACUUGGAAAGUGGAGUGCACUUGACAAGAUUCAAGCAAUGUCCUUUGACACAACUGCCGUGAAUACUGGCCGCAUUAAAGAGCAGGCUGUUUUUUCAUUAUUCGAUGAUUCAUUAAGUAAUUGUGUAAAAAAGAGAAUGGCAACAAAAUUAAUAUCUCAAGCAAAUGAGGAUGAAGAACUUGAUGACUACUGUGAUAUGAAACCAUUAAUAACAAUAAAUGAAGUAUCAGAAAUAUUGGACAAAAAUGCGGACCAUUUUAUUUCAUCACAAUCAAAAUUAUGGAGUAAUAACGAAGAAUAUUUAAUGAGUAAAAAGAUUGUGGACGGAUUAAAAGUUACAAAUGAUACAGCAGAAAGGGGUGUUAAAUUAAUAACAGAUUACAACUCAUGUAUUACAAAAGAGGAAGAUCAAAAAUAA